AUGUCGCAUCAGACUAUAGCUAAACCUUAUAUAAUUAAAUAUAUACCAACCACAACAGUAAGGUUUGAUAAGUCACCAAAUCUUUAUGGUUUUGAUUUAGAUCAUACGUUAAUUAAACCAAAGACAUCAAAUGCCAUUUUCAACAAAACUGCAGAUGAUUGGCAAUAUGUCAAAUACAAUAAUAAUGUCUCUGUUGUACAGAAAUUGCUUGAAAUUAUCAAAAACGAUCCAUUUGCUCUUAUUGUCAUUUUCACUAAUCAAGGUGGUGUAUUAACAGUUCCAAGAAAUUCAAAAAGUUAUCAUAAAUUUAAUAUGAAGAUCAAUCUUAUAUUAGAGGAUAUAAAAACUCAUGGAGGUGGUAAUGAAUUGUUGAAAAGAUUAUGGAUAUAUUCUUCUACAAAGAAACCUAAAUUAAUGAAUAGUAAAACUAUAUCAUCUGCAUCUAACCAAAAUAACAUUGUUAAAUUGGCCCAUUUUAAGAAUGUUAAAAUAUGCAAAGAAGGUAACGAAAACAGUAAUAUUUCCACUAUUACUGUGGAAGAUAAAUUUGAGGAGAUGCGCAAGCCAGGGAUAGGUUUAUAUGAUGAAUUUAUGAAAGAUCUUCAAUUAAAAAUGAAUAAUUUAUCAACUGAUAAAAAUUGUUGGAAGUGGUAUUGUGGGGAUGCAGCUGGUAGAAGGUUUGAUUUUAGUAACUCUGAUAAGAUAUUUGCUGAAAGAAUACCAAUUCCAUUUAAACUACUAGAAGACAUAUUUAUUUGA